CCAUAAUAUCCAUAAUAUUAUCUCCUUUCCAACUUCUAGUUCCAGUUACGCCGAGAAAUCUCAUCUGGAUACGCACGUACUAACCUAAAUAUAUUCUUCUAAAAGGAUUACACGUUCAUUAUUAUCUUGGUAUUCAACUAGACCCCGGUCUUCAGUUGCCGGGUUAGCUUUGAUAGGCGACUAGAGUGCCUUAGGUUGCCCCGCUGACGUCUGUAGCCUCGAUAAAUCCCAACUUUAAAAUAUCCAUAUCCGCCAUAUCUAGCUCAAGCUUUGAACGUUGGAGCUCACUUUCUGUCAGCUUCCUACAUACUCUCUUCCCAGCCAACAUCAACGCCAUACAUCCCUGUGCCUCACGCUUGACAUCACAUCCCUCCCCAACCAUAAUUAAACGUAAUUAUGGCUCUCGCAACUCAAUUCGAAGGCGUGCUUCCGCUGCACAUGGUUCAGAAGCCGCCGUUUAUGAUCGAAUCGCCAGGGGCUGAAGAGGUCGAGGGAGAGACGAAACCGCACAGGCACAUAAAGGCCAAGGAUGGCCUUCUCACCCGCCCUGCAUCCCACAUCGCCACUACAUACGAUAUUCUCAUCGAGAGCGCAAAUAAGCAUGGAGAUAAACACGCGAUAGGUUCUCGCAAACUAAUUAAAACUCACACCGAGACGAAGAAGGUGCCGAAGAUCGUCGAUGGCGUCAAGAAGGAAGUUGAGAAGCAAUGGACUUACUUCGAGUUAUCUCCAUACUCCUUCCUCACUUAUAGCGAGUAUAAGACUCGGGCUCUACGCGUAGGUGCUGCUUUACGGAAAUUGGGUCUGGAGCCAGGCGAUGUGUUGCACAUUUUCGCAACCACAAGCGCGAAUUGGCUAUGCAUGGCUCACGGCUGCUCCUCGCAAUCCAUCACAAUCGCGACAGCUUACGACACUCUCGGCUCGGACGCUGUCGAGUACUCCCUCACCCAGACGAAUGCGAAGGCAAUGUACACCGAUCCUCACCUCCUGAAAACCGCCAGUCGCCCAUUGAAGAACGCGAAGGAUGUCAAAUUCCUGAUCUACAACGACACAUCCAAUAUCCCAAUCUCCGACAAGGAAUUGGAGGACUUCAAGAGCGCAAACUCCCACCUUACCAUAUACUCCUUCACCGACCUUGUCGCUCUCGGUGAGGAAAACCCCAUAGAUCCAGUACCGCCGAAAGCUUCCGACAUGUGCUGUAUCAUGUACACUUCUGGCUCGUCUGGGACGCCGAAGGGCGUGCCUAUCACCCACGAAGGCAUUGUUGCCGGUAUCACCGGCCUGUACACCGUUAUUGAGGAGACGGUCUCUCACCGCGAUACGAUCCUGGCUUACCUUCCUCUUGCUCACAUUCUGGAGAUGGCUGUAGAGAAUCUGGUCAUGUACAUCGGAGGCACAUUAGGCUACGGAUCUCCACGCACGCUAGCCGAUUCCUCAACCCGCAACUGCGCUGGUGACAUGCGCGAGCUUGCACCAACUGUCAUGGUUGGCGUCCCCCAGAUAUGGGAGACCAUUAGGAAGGGUAUAGAAUCGAAGGUCAGCAACGGCGGCAUGUUGCUGAGAAACGUUUUCUGGGGUGCCUUCGGCCUAAAGUCCAUGCUCACAUCGGCCGGCUUGCCUGGCGGAGGAUUAAUCGAUGCUCUAAUAUUCAAGCAGGUUCGUAACAUGACAGGUGGAAGAGUUAGGUUCCUGUUCAACGGCGCAAGCGGUAUUUCCGAUGGCACGAGACGAUUCGUAAGUUUGGUGCUCGCGCCCAUGAUCACGGGUUACGGUCUCACUGAGACAUGCGCCAACGGUGCCCUGGGCUGCCCCUUGCAGUGGACGCCGAAUGCUAUUGGUCCCGUGCCGGCUUCGUUAGAAAUCAAGCUUGUCAGUUUGCCAGAUCUAGGGUACGACGCGAAGAGCACACCGCCACAAGGCGAGAUCCUGCUCCGCGGUUUGCCUGUAUGCAAGGAGUACUUCAAGAACCCCGAGGAGACGGAAAAGGCGUUCACGCCGGACGGCUGGUUCCGGACGGGCGACAUCGGCGAAUUCGAUUCCGUUGGACACAUCAAGAUCAUCGAUCGCGUCAAGAAUCUGGUCAAAAUGCAGGGAGGCGAGUACAUCGCACUUGAGAAGCUCGAGGCCGUGUACCGCGGCAGCGAGUACGUCCACAACAUCAUGAUCUACGGUGACAGCGAUCACCCCCGCGCUAUUGCAGUUGUAAGCCCCAACGAGAAGCCACUGAAUGAGUUGGCAAAGAAGCUCGGCGUCGACCACGCGCACGCGCAUACCGAUUCGAAGGUCUCGGAUGCGGUGCACAAGGAUUUAGUCGCUGUGGGGAAGAAAGCUGGUCUGACAGGGUUAGAAAUGGUUGUUGGUGUUGUGCUGGUCGAGGAUGAAUGGACGCCCACGAGUGGUCUCGUCACGGCAACGCAGAAGGUAAACCGGAGGGCUUUAAGAACCCACUACAAGAAGCAAAUCGAGGAAUGCUUUAAACGGACGGGCUAGCCGGCCGGUCCUAUUUCACUCGAUGUACCUACGUAACCUAGCGCAACAGACGCUUCUCUACGGUGCGGGUAUGGGUGUUUAAGUUGGUUUCGGCUUCGGAUACUGGCUCGGACGAAUUUGAAACUGGGUCACUGUAUAGUAAUGUCAUGGCGUGUCGCUGUCUACUUAACGGUAGUUGAUGUUGGGGAUGAUAGUAUAAUAUUAUUACUCGGGAUUGUUUUCAUGGCUAGAUUUAUAAAUACAUUGAUGUCAAUAUUGCUCUGACUUGGU